UAAAAAAAAAGGACGACUCACCACCAGGAGAAGCAUCUAACGUGUUCUGGUGAGCCCGGGACUCCUCGCUCCUUAUCUAUUUAUUUUAACGUAACCCAUAUGAAUGUUCAUUCUUAAUACGCUAUUCCCACCCGUGUUUUAAUCGGUUACAUACUCGGCAGAUCGGAACAAAGCGGACCCUCACAACCGUUUUAGCUAGUCUCCGUCAUCGGUAACCGUUUUAUUUCUUUAAAAGGGGACACUUUUGGGGGGGCAAAUGUUACUCUAAAUCAUCGGAAACUACAUUAAAACGUCAAAACAAGAUGGAUCUGCGGCUACUGUUAAUAGCAUCAUUAUCAGCGGUCCUUGGUGGCAGCUGGGCACAGCCAGAGGGGAGCAUAUGCAUCAAAGCAAACGCACAGUCAUGUGGGGAAUGCAUUCAGGUCGCCGAGACAUGUGGAUGGUGCUCAGAUGAGAAUUUCCUCACUGUGGGUGAAUCCAAGUCAGCCCGCUGUGAUGAUCUGGAGUCCCUGAAGAAUAGAAAUUGUGACGUGACCAAAAUUGAGAACCCACGUGGAAGCAUUACCACUAACAAGAACAAGCCUGUCACCAACCGCAAGAAGGACAUGGCUGAGAAGCUGAAGCCUGAGCAGAUCACCCAGAUCCAGCCCCAGAAACUCACACUGACACUUAGAUCUGGUGAGCCCCAGACUUUCGAGCUGAAGUUCAAGCGUGCUGAGGACUACCCCAUCGACUUGUAUUACCUUAUGGACCUCUCCUUCUCAAUGAAAGACGAUUUGGAAAACGUCAAGAACCUUGGCACUGACCUCAUGAGGGAAAUGCAGGAGAUCACCUCAGACUUCAGAAUUGGUUUCGGCUCCUUUGUGGAGAAAACUGUCAUGCCUUACAUCAGCACCACACCAGCCAGGCUCAUCAACCCCUGCACAGGGAACCAGAACUGUACCAGCCCCUUCAGCUAUAAGAACGUCCUGAAGCUGACAGAAAACGGAGAUGAGUUUAAUCGGCUGGUCAGUCAGCAGCAGAUCUCAGGAAACCUUGACUCUCCAGAGGGGGGCUUCGAUGCCAUCAUGCAGGUGGCGGUCUGUGAGGAACAUAUCGGCUGGAGGAAUGUGACUCGUCUGCUGGUGUUUUCCACCGAUGCUGGUUUCCACUUUGCUGGAGACGGCAAACUGGGUGGCAUUGUCCUGCCCAACGAUGGGAAGUGUCAUCUGGAGAACAACAUGUACACUAUGAGCCACUACUAUGACUACCCCUCCAUCGCCCAUUUGGUCCAGAAACUGAGUGACCACAACAUCCAGACCAUCUUUGCCGUCACUGAGGAAUUCCAGCCUGUUUACAAGGAGUUGAAAAAUCUUAUUCCUAAGUCAGCUGUUGGCACGCUGUCCUCCAACUCCAGCAAUGUGAUCAAACUUAUUAUUGAUGCCUACAAUUCUUUGUCAUCUGAGGUCAUUCUGGAAAACGGCAGGCUACCAGAGGGAGUUUCCAUCACCUACAAGUCCAUCUGUAAGAACGGCGUCGAGGGAACAGGAGAGAACGGCAGGAAGUGCUCCAACAUCUCCAUUGGAGACGAGGUCUCUUUCAAAAUUUCCAUUGAAUCCCAGAAGUGUCCAUCACAUGGCAAAUCUGAGGUCAUUAAGAUUAAACCGCUGGGCUUCACUGAGGAGGUGGAGAUAGUUCUGAACUUCAUCUGCGACUGUCAGUGCGCAGCAGAAGGCCAACCCAACAGUGACAAGUGCCAUGAGGGCAAUGGGACCUUCGAGUGUGGAGCCUGCAAGUGUAAUGAUGGACGUAUUGGGCGUCUUUGUGAGUGCAGCAAAGACGAAGUCCGGACAGAGGACCUGGAUGCCAACUGCAGAAAAGACAAUGGUACAGAUAUCUGCAGCAACAACGGCGACUGUGUCUGUGGCACCUGCGAAUGCAAGAAGAGGGAAAAUCCAGCAGAGGUCUACAGUGGAAAGUACUGUGAGUGUGACAACUUCAACUGUGACCGCUCCAACAACAAGCUCUGCGGAGGACAUGGGCGUUGCGAAUGCAGGAAGUGCAUCUGUGAUGCCAACUACACCGGCAGUGCCUGCGACUGCUCGCUGGAGACCUCCACCUGCCUCGCCAAGAACGGGCAGAUCUGUAACGGUCGUGGUACCUGUGAAUGUGGAAUCUGCAAAUGCACCAACCCCAAAUUCCAGGGUCCAACCUGCGAGAUCUGUCCCACCUGCCCCGGUGUCUGCGCUGAGCACAAAGAUUGCGUGCAGUGCCGAGCAUUUGAUGCUGGAGAGAAGAAGGAUACAUGUGAGCAGGAAUGCAGCUACUUUGAGCUCAUCAAGGUGAAGGAUCGCGACAAGCUGCCCCAGCCCACAGACCAGAGUUUCCCUCUGACUCACUGCAAAGAGCGAGAUGCCAACGAUUGCUGGUUCUACUACACCUAUGCCAUCAGGAACGAUACCAAGGAGGUCUACGUGGUGGAGAACUUGGAGUGCCCAGCAGGACCUGACAUCAUCCCCAUCGUGGCAGGUGUGGUUGCAGGCAUUGUGCUGAUCGGCCUCGCCCUGCUGCUCAUCUGGAAACUACUCAUGAUCAUCCAUGACCGCCGAGAGUUUGCCAAAUUUGAAAAGGAGAAGAUGAACGCCAAGUGGGACACGGGUGAGAAUCCAAUUUACAAAAGUGCCGUAACAACUGUCGUCAAUCCAAAGUACGAGGGCAAAUGAUGGAGCUGUGCCCUCAUUGUGACAACACUGUAUGGAAGAGAAAAUGGGCCGGGGUGAAGGGAGGGGCGGGUUUUCUAAUGCUCUCACUGUUUGUUUGUUUGUUGUUGUUGUAGUCACCAAAAGAUAGCAAUGCAUUUCGCCACUAUUUCAGUUUGUUUUACUAACUUGGUUUAUUUUCUAUGCAUCGUCUGAAAUGUGUACAGUCUGUGUAAAUGUGGGGUUUUUAUAUUUUAUUUUAUGCCUCUGCAGAACUUGAGAGAAUGUUUUUUGAACAGUUUUUUUUUU